CUCUCCGCACUGUUAACGGGACUGUAAUGCAGUCUGUUUUUGGUUGCUAAGAGCAUUCACCCUGAGAGGAGGGUCAGGGUCAGCAUCUAGAUCAGGACCAGAAUCUCUCCCGAGAGCACCAGCAGGAACAGCACUGAGGAUGUCUCGAGAGCAGAAGGCCGUGGAGCGUGCCAGGAAGGCCUUUGCAACAGGCCGCACCAAAUCGCUGGAGUACCGCAUCAAUCAACUGAAGAGUCUGCAGCGCCUCAUCGAGGAGAGGCAGAAGGAAAUAGCAGAUGCUCUCAAGAAGGACCUCAGUAGGAGUGAGGUUGGCACCUCGCUUUAUGAAACCGUGGGUCUGGAAGGAGAGAUCCAACAGGUCAUAAGGAAUCUGGCAAAGUGGGCUGCCCCUCGGCCUGCAGCUAAAAACCUGUUGACCCUUUCGGAUCAGGUGUACAUUCAGCCACAGCCUCUGGGAGUGAUCCUCAUUAUUGGAGCCUGGAACUACCCCUGGGCUGUCACCAUCCAGCCCCUGAUAGGAGCCAUUGCAGCAGGUAAUGCUGCUGUUAUUAAACCUUCUGAAGUGUCUGUUCACACUUCAAAAGUGAUGGAGGAACUCCUGCCAUUGUACAUCGACAAGGAGAUGUACCCUGUUGUUACUGGUGGAGUUUCAGAGACUCAGGAGCUCCUGAAGCAGCGUUUUGAUCACAUAUUCUACACUGGCAACUGUGCGGUCGGCAAGUUGAUCAUGGAGGCAGCCUCUAAAUACUUAACCCCUGUUACUUUGGAGCUGGGUGGAAAGAGCCCUUGUUACAUCGAUAAAAACUGUGAUCUUACCAUUGCCUGCCGGCGUAUUGCUUGGGGAAAGUACUCAAACUGUGGUCAGACUUGCAUCGCCCCAGACUACGUCCUCUGCGACCCCAGCAUCCAAGAUAGAGUUAUUGAAGAGAUCAGAAAAUGUGUGAAGGAAUUCUACACAGAUGAUCCCAAAAGCUGCCCAGACUAUGGGCGCAUCAUCAACCAGCGCCACUUCAAGAGAGUGAUGGCACUGCUGCAGGACAGCACCUUGGCUGUAGGAGGAGAAAAUGAUGAAUCACAGUGCUACAUUGCCCCCACGGUCCUCAAGGAUGUAAAGCCAGAGGCGAAAGUGAUGCAAGAGGAAAUCUUCGGGCCUCUGCUGCCCAUCAUCAAUGUCAGCAGUGUGGACGAAGCCAUCAAAUUCAUCAAUGAAAGAGAGAAACCCCUGGCCCUCUACAUCUUCACUUCAGACAACAAGCUGAUCCAACGUAUGAUCUCAGAGACUUCCAGUGGUGGGGUAUUGGCCAAUGACUGCCUGGUCCACUACUCAGUCAGCUCUCUGCCUUUUGGUGGUGUUGGCAACAGUGGGAUGGGCAGCUACCAUGGAAAGUUCAGCUUUGACCAUCUGAGUCACCUGAAAGGCUGCCUAAUCAAGCAGCUGAAAAUGGAGGGGGCAAACCAGAUGCGCUACGCUCCACACACGGCCAAGAAGUUAAGCUGGGCUCGCUUCUUCAUGCUCAAAGAGGCUCAGCUGAGCAAGCUAGGCCGCUUGGCUCUACUGGGCAUGCUGGCUGUCAUUGCUGCAGUUAUAAUACAGGGAUACUUUGCUGACUAAGGAAAGUCCCAGUUUACACCAGAGUUUGAGGAAAACAGGAUUUUGGUCACAUAGUGGUCUGUAUCCCUGCUUAAGUGCUGCUCCACUCCCCUGCCUUAAUCUGAAAGGGUCUUGAACCCAGCCAUUGUAAAUCAUUUCUCAUAACAAUGCUGCAUCUAAUGAAGGCUAAAUUAGCUUCAUACUAAUUGAUAACAGUUUCCUAAUGUGAUGUUUGUUAAUAGUCAUAGCACUUUACUCUGUGAUUAAUUUGCUAUAUCUAUUAGCUCUGACUGAAGUACAUUUAUUUUUCCUGUUUUCAAAAAGAAAUACUUUUUUAAUGAAGGAAGAGAAACAUUUCACAAUGAUUUAGUACUAUUAUUGCACCAUACUAUCUAUCUCAGUAUAUCUUGCUAUAUCUCACUUUAGUAAUGAUUAUAACAUCAUUUUUUGGUUAAAAAUGCACAUUUCAAGAAGGUUUUUUGAGAGUAUGCUCAAACAAGGGUCAGAAACACUGACAUUCUGCUGCUUGCAGUGCAGGGAGAUAAUUGUAGAUUGGGUUCAGAAUACUUUAUAUGAAUUAUGUGCUGAUUGUUAGUUGAAAAUAUUCUAGAAAUUGAAAUGUUGAAAGAAUGCAAUUACAUAACUUCAAAACAGAGAUGAGUUUUUCCGAAAGCAGAUGGUUAAAGCACUUGCACAUUUUGGUGUUUCUCUCUGAUGACUGAGUGAGUUUCUCAGCUAAUUAUAAGCCCUCAGUAAGAUUUAAGUGAGUCUUUAAAUGAAUUAGUUGCAAUAAAUCAGUGGAAACUCUAAAUUGUGCAGUGCUGUAGUCUUCAUCUGCAGCUGCUGAAAGGGAUGUCCUGAUCUGAGCUGAAAGACUGUUAUCAAAGCCAAUCAACAAUAUUGGCUGUAUCAAUAUAAAUCACAAUUGGCUGUAUUAAUAUGGAUCGGUAUGGGCUGUAUUAAUAUGGAUCGGUAUUGGCUGUAUUAAUAUGGAUUGAUAUGGGCUGUAUUAAUAUGGAUUGGUAUUGGCUGUAUUAAUAUGGAUCGGUAUUGGCUGUAUUAAUAUGGACCGGUAUUGGCUGUAUUAAUAUGGAUUGAUAUGGGCUGUAUUAAUAUGGAUCGGUAUUGGCUGUAUUAAUAUGGAUCGGUAUUGGCUGUAUUAAUAUGGAUUGAUAUGGGCUGUAUUAAUAUGGAUCGGUAUUGGCUGUAUUAAUAUGGAUUGCUGUUGGUUAUAUUAAUAUGGAUCGCUAUUGGUUAAAGCUGUUUUACACCAUUGCGCACUGUUAACACCAUUGUUGUAUAAGAGAUAUAAACUGACUUUAUCCACAGCAUAUGACAGUGAGGUAUUUGAGGUUUGAAAUUUGAAGAAUGUGGCUAUUACACACUUAGCAUAGAUAUUAGAGCAACUUGAAAUAUGAAGGUGGCUUAUUUACAGCACUAUAAAAUGUAUGAAAUUAUCACAUCUUUUACUGCAGCAUUUUAAAGUGGUGAUCUAGCAUAUCUUACCUAAUGCAUAUGAAAUGUGCACUGUGUUGCUGUUAUAUACAAAAAUACAAAGAUCAGAUCAAACUCUAUAACAAAAAAUGCUUAACACUGAAGGACACAGAUUGAGGCGAAAGAACUGAACAUCCCUAGUAAAGUUUAUGUAGUAGAGUGCAGAUGUAAUGCUUAUUGCUUUGGAUUGCUGCUUACCGAUGUAGCAGACUUAUUAAGCAUUUCGUUCACAAUAUUGAUUGUUCUUACAUUUCAACUUUUGUUAAUUCAGUUGGAUUAAUGAUUUGAAUUAAAAAGUGAAUUUUAUGAAGUCAUGAAAACAUUUUAUCUGUAAAAUAAACACAUUUUUAAAGAGA